AUGGAGACCUAUGGUAGUUUCCUUGAAUUGGAAAAUGAUCUCAACAACAUCAGUCUUGAAGAACUUGUUAGUUCUCUAAGAAGCUACGAGAUUGAGCUUGAAAAAGAUGAACCUUAUAAGAGAGAAGAAGAUUUUGAGGAAGAAAAAGGCAAUGUUACAUUGUUGGAAACUACAAGGUAUCCCACAAGUUCUAAAGAACCAGAAGACAAGGUAUCAUCAGAAUCAGAAUCCGACUCCGAUUCUGAAGAGACAUCCUUAACAGUUCAGCUGAAACACCAGUCAUUGUACCUGGACAAUGGAUUCUCGCGACACAUGGCGGGCAGAAGGUCUAUGUUCCAAGAUUUGGAUCUUAAGCUUGGAGGCUUCAUUGGUUUCAGAGGAAACCAGAAAGGAAAGGUCAUUGUCUCUGGAACCAUUGGUAACGAUAAACUUACUACUAUUACUAAUGUUCUUUUAGUUAAUGGUCUAAUGCAUGACAUAUUGUCUAUUAGUUAA